AUGUGCAGAUCUGUAUUCAGUGUUUCCCCUCAGGGAGUAACUGAGUGUUUGUCUCUGCAGGUUAUUCUGGAAUAUGCAGCCGUGGACGUUCAGGUGGUCAUCGCCGGCUGCAGCAGGAACCUCCUGUCUGACCUGGACUCCUUACAGUUUUUCUCGGGGGUCAUGACUCCAGAGAUGGUGUUCCCCACCGUCCACGACGCUGCGCUGAGCUGCCAACGCUCACAUCCAGCGUUUGCUCCGACCAAAGCUAAAACACCUCAGAUCCACGUUGAGUGACGGCAGCUAGCAUUGGGAGAAACCACCGAUAGCCAAGGUGGAUGUUUUGCCAUCUGAUGAAGCACUUUAGUCUGACUUUAUGGUGCAUAGAGCAACGUUUUGCUUUUAGCCAAUCAGGAAAUUAGUUUCCAGCUGACAUUCCUACAGCCUUAUUCCUCUCUGGGAUUGUUUAAGAAGUCUUUGGGAGAUGAGAGAAGCAGCCGCUGCCAUAAGACCUUGUUCGAAUGAUUUCCGUUUAGUGACUGCCUCAUCCUGCUGGUAUCAAAUGUUACAGAGAAGCUGUGUUCUGAUAGAUCUACGAGUAUUUAAAUACUGUGUCAUAUUCAAACCAGCAAAAACAGUAUCAUGUGUGUUCAGUACAAUGCUUGUGUAGUAUUGUGCGUUACUGUUUGUUAAAGCUGUUGUUGUUGUUAUUUAAAGGUUACGAGAUGCCUUAAAUGUUACCGUCAUGUGGUUAUUUUGUAAACAUAUCACGUACACUAAAUUCUGGAAUAAACUUUAUUUUUAAGUGAACAAGA